UUGACUGUCCAGUAACGACAUUUUUACAGUCUAUGGUUUUAGCCGGCAGACUCUGAAGUUAAAUAUUCAUCAGAUUGCGUCCAUUUGUACCCCUCCAGGCUUAAUGCUGCCUUCAUGUGCUAUCGGAAUUAUCGUAAUAUACGAGUUUCCUAAUCGGAAACUGGACGUGAACGGCCUCUCAAGUCGUAUUUGCUACUGGGAAAUAAGUGUGUACACUUCACAUUGGGACAGUCUCAGUAGUGUCGGUGUGACGCAUUCGCACUUAAAAUGCGCACUCCGAAGUGUGUACACUUAGCUUUGGGACACAUCUAUUGCUCAGUGCACAAGAUGGCGCUGGUGAGCUUCGGCGACGCGAGUGUGUGCAGCAAACACAGAACGUUGUGACGACGUCGCCAGUUCGUCGUCCUUUGGUCAGAGCGACAUUACUUUAUGGCGACGUUGUGAGGACGUCGUGGUAAAGUUCCAUUUUUUAGAAUCUUGGCUGACGUUCCAGAAACGUCGUGGGCACGUCUUCAAAAGACGUCGCUAGAUAGUGCCAUGAAGAACGUUGUAGCGACGUGGUCAGCUGGUCUCAUGGUGGAGAGACAGUCUGGGCAAACAAGACAACUAUUACAAGCAGAGAUGGGUUUCAAGAACUGGGACUACUUUGGUUCCUGACUUGUUCAGUACUGAAAAAUUGAUAUAAGCUACAGGAUCAAUAGUGCUGCUAUCAGUAUUUUAGUAACGUUGAUUCAUUACCCCUUUAGACACAACCACAUAUCAUCCAAACCAUCUCCAAGUGGAUGGCAGCAAGGAUCCAGGAUCAAGAGAUCAUUCAUCAUGAAGACUGUUCCAUAGGAAGCAGCGAAUGCUGGAUCAUCCUGACCAUUCUGUUGUCCUGGAUUUGAAGACAUGCUGGAACUGUAUUUCUCAUGGUUGAAAGAUUUGUGCAGCGGUAUCCAGACAUAUAAGCACCCUUCCUGGACCCACACGACUAAAGGCUCUGGAGGAGAGACAGAUUCAAGGGAAAGAUGAAAAAUAAGGAAGUCUGGGAAUGACUGAAGAAGACCUCAGCGAGGGAAGGAAGUAAUCAUCACAAUCUGCCAGAGAAGGAUAUUGACAGUGCAGGCUCAGGAUGGCGAAGAGGAGGAAGGACACCUUUAUAAUUUUCUCAUACCUUUGUCAUGUGUUAUAAUAAAAACAAUAAACCUGACUACAAUAAUAUGGUAAAUUUUAUUAAAAGAUUCUAGUUUGCAAGGAAUCUCUGACUCUGCACUAAAGGAACUCUUUGCUGAGGAAGACCAAGUGCUGAGGAGGAGCCUUGUUCUACAGCAAAACACUGCAUCAACCCUCCAUGACAAGAUGAAGAGUAAAGUGUCUCCUGUCCUUCCCCCAGAAGAGUCUGCCUUCUGCUGCUGGGCUUCUGCCAAGUUCAACUUGCUGCAUGGAGCCAAUGUGGUUCUUAAAGACUCUGCAGGAGUUGAUGUUGAUGUUGAUGCUGAUAUUUUUGAUGAGCUUGUGAGAACAUCGAAGGUGUCCUUCCAAAUUUGGGAUGGUGAUAAAUCAAAUAAUGUUCCGCAAGCUGAGACCGAUUUCUCUGAGCCUUCAUGCCCUGAGUUGUCAUUUUCAUCAGUGGAAUCAGAAAGUUCAGAUUCCACAGUGAUUCCACAAUCUUCAAAGGCACGCAAAAAGCGAUUCUUAGAAGAAUUUUCUGACUGCAAUGUGUCAAAAGAUCGAGUUCAUGCAGCGCUGCACUCAAAACCAGGAGGCUCUGAUAUAUUGAAGGAGUACGAACAAAUGAAGAGCCUGUCUGACAAGACACGAAAGAAGCUGGUAAACAUCCUUGUGGCUGAUAUGGUAGAGAAGUAUGGGAGGAUUCCACCAGUCAGUAUCCGUGUUAGCUAUGCUCUUGGAAUCGUUACUCUAUUCCCUAAUUUGAACGAUAAGUGCUCACCGACUGGUUAUGAACAGUACUAUGCAGUGGCCAGGGUUACAUUGCCUACAGAUUAAAAACUGUUCAGCGCAACUCCGUAAAUAACUUGAAGGGGGCAUCAAAGGUGGUUUACAAAGAUGGUCCUAAGACUUUGCGCGAGACGACAUCAACAACUGAGCAGCUGUCAGGUGACAAAUGCUCAGAAGCUAUAUCCAUGAUGAAGCAUUCAACGGACGCACCAGUUAUUAAGGAUAAAAUGAAGACAACAUUCAAGUACAGGCAGAAUUUGAUGCAUGAUCCAGACAAAUCUUCACUCAUCCUUGAUUACUUUCCCCGAUUUUUGGAUACACCAGGGGUGCAUUCCAGAAAGCAGGUUAUGUGACAUACCCGGAUAUGUUUGAGGAUAAGAGAGCGGAUAACCUCAGUUUUCGGUUCCAAAAUCGGAGGUUACUUUCAGGGUAAGUAAGUAACCAUAGUAACUUGCUCUCUGAAGAUAACCUGCUCCGGAGCAGGUUAUGUUCCAGGGUUAGUUCACUUCAGCGCUAUCAGCGCACACGUGAUCUACUGACUAGCCUUCAGUGGGCGUGACAGAUAG